CUGUUCUCUUCUUCUUCUUUCUCCUCCUCAGCAUAAAAUCAUUUUUUUUUUCUCUUUUUUAACUUUUGUCUUCUUUACUUUCUCUUUUCAAAGUUCUUCUUCUUCUGAGUCUUUUUUUUCCCACUGGUUUUAUUCUCUGAUUCGUCUUCUUGUAAAGUUCUCUUUCAAAGCUUCCAUUAAUGGCAGACAUAAUCAAUCUCCCUAUGGAACAGCUUCAAGACCUUGAGUAUUGUAUAGACUCUAACCCUCCUUGGGCGGAAACUAUCAUAUUGGCAUUUCAAAACUACAUCUUGAUGUUGGGGACUACUGUCAUGAUACCAGUGGCACUUGUCCCACUAAUGGGAGGAUCUGAUGGUGACAAGAUACGAGUGAUACAAACACUACUAUUUGUAUCUGGCAUAAACACACUUCUACAAGCAUUGUUUGGAACCAGGUUACCGGCAGUAGUUGGUGGUUCUUCUGCCUAUCUUGUACCUAUCCUUUAUAUUAUCGGAGACUCAUCUCUACAACGAAUCACUGAACCUCAUGAAAGAUUUUUACAAAGUAUGAGGGCAACUCAAGGAGCCCUGAUUGUUGCUGCAAGCUUACAGAUCAUACUGGGAUAUAGUCAAGUAUGGGGGCUUUUUUCGCGGUUUUUCAGCCCUCUCGGUAUGGCACCUGUUGUCGGAUUGGUUGGUUUGGGGUUAUUUGAGCGUGGGUUUCCUGUGGUGGGCAACUGUGUUGAGAUUGGGAUUCCUAUGCUCUUGUUAGUCAUCGGAUUGUCACAGUACCUGAAGCACAUUAGGCCUUUCAAGGAUGUCCCAAUAUUUGAACGGUUUCCGGUACUGAUCUGUGUCACGAUCAUUUGGGCCUACUCCCAUGUCUUGACCGCAGGUGGGGCCUACAAAAAUAGACCUAAUGUAACCCAAGUGAGCUGUCGCACUGACAAAGCCAAUCUCAUAUAUGACGCACCUUGGUUCAAGUUUCCUUAUCCUCUUCAAUGGGGCGCACCAACUUUCAGUGCAGGUCAUUCAUUUGCUAUGAUGUCUGCAGUUUUAGUGUCUAUGAUAGAGUCAACUGGCGCAUACCAGGCAGCAUCCCGCUUGGCAAUUGCAACUCCACCUCCCGCGUAUGUUUUGAGCCGAGGAAUUGGUUGGCAGGGUAUUGGGAUAUUGCUUGAUGGUCUUUUUGGAACUUUGACUGGUUCUACCGUAUCAGUGGAGAAUGUGGGGCUUCUUGGAUUGACCCGAGUAGGCAGUCGAAGAGUAGUUCAAAUAUCAGCAGGUUUCAUGAUAUUUUUUGCUACGAUGGGAAAAUUUGGAGCUCUCUUUGCAUCUAUUCCUUUUCCCAUAUUUGCCGCACUAUACUGUGUUCUGUUUGGUCUUGUGGCUUCGGUCGGGUUAUCCUUCCUUCAGUUCACAAACAUGAAUUCUAUGAGAAAUCUCUUUAUCCUUGGGAUAUCACUUUUCCUCGGGAUAUCUGUCCCCCAGUAUUUUAAUAACUUCUGGUUAACUGCACACCAUGGGGCUGUUCACACUCGUGCAGGAUGGUUUGAUGCCUUCUUAAACACCAUUUUCGCAUCUCCACCGACCGUGGGAUUGAUUGUUGCGGUGGUUCUUGAUAACACACUAGAAGUUGAAAAGUCAAAGAAGGAUCGAGGAAUGCCGUGGUGGGUAAAGUUUAGAACUUUCAGAGGUGAUAACAGAAAUGAAGAGUUCUACACUUUACCAUUUAAUCUCAACAGGUUCUUUCCACCCACUUAACAAAGAAAAGAAUGAAAUUCUAACUAGUAGGUAGACAAGGAGGGGGAGGAAGUGAGAUCUUUUGCAAUCCCACGGUGGGUCAGUUUUUGAAAAUUGCCGUUAAUGAUCCAGAAUGUAAUCCAUCUCCAAUCUUUCUCUUCUGUAUUUUUUGUGGACUUAUUGUCCAAAAAAUCUAAAUAGGGCUGUAGAGAAAUUAAUCCAAAAUACUUUGUAGAGUUUCUAGUGUAAUAAAAAAAAAAGGAAAUUAAUUACCAGCA